UUUAUUGUAUCCUCGAUAUUACUCUGCUACGUACCAGCUAACCACAGUUAACUCAACUCAAGCGAUACAAGACAGCGCUGAGUUAAGUUGUCAUGAAUCAUGCGGAUUACAGAUGGUCAUGUCUACAAAAUUUUCGGUCCUAGUAAAACUAACUUGAACUUGAGUUAUCGUAAACACCCAUUGUUAACAAGCGCUUUGCGGUCUGUUCUUUUUAGCUGAACUUCUUGCACUAUUCAUUUUUCGUUUUUUAAAAACAGGGAGUUGAUUCUGUAUCACGCAGUGUAGUGAAAAUUACAAAAGUGAGCGAAUUUACUAAAAUAUCUAUGAUCUUUUUGGUCAACAACUAGUAAAUUUGUUCACUUUUGUGAUUUUCACUACAUUGCAUGGAUACACAAUCGACUCCCAGUUCAGCUAAACAAACAGACCUAGAGAAAAAGAACAAACCUAGGGAGUGUCCUGGAUAAUGUUGUAGCGUUAUGUAGCGUCGCGUUUGUGCAAAUGUUCGAAUUUUUUUAUUUUACCUUUUGAGGCUCAAUUUGUUUUACAUCGUGUACAUACAACAGAGGUUUAGUGUGUGUUUAAGUAAACAUUCCGAUUUCUACUGCUGAUAUUGAACGUUUAAAUGAAAUUAUCACGUUCUAGCAAUCAAGAAGAGUUCAAUAAGAACGUCAUCUACAAAGGAGUGUCUUCUAAGAAUUGAAUUUUCUUAAUUCUUUUAAUUUUAAUAUAUUUGCAGUUUAAUCCUUUAGUCAGAGUUUAGUAUAUGAGUACUAUACAGUAUUGAAAUAAUACUGUAUAUUAUUGAAUUUUUACAAUGUUUAUGUAAUUAUAAAAUAGUCAAAAUGAUGUAUUUAUUGAAUGUUGUGGCGAUAUUCUCGCUUAUUCUGUCAGCAUUUGCGCAAAAUGUCUUACAUGGAGAAUCAAUUUAUGAGUGUCCUCAACAUUGGAUACGAUUUCAAGAAUCAUGCUAUCGCUUUAUUAAAAGUCCAUUGAGACUACGAGAGGAUGCGCGAAAGAACUGUCAGGCAUUUCAAAGUGAUUUACUCACAAUUAACUCUUUGGAUGAGCAUAGCUUUGUGCUCUAUCAGUUGCUAAGGCAAGAUCCACAACAUCAUACAUGGUACACUGGAGUAAAAUAUCAAAGUGGUAUAUGGAUAAAUGAAGCUGACGGUACAACUCUAAUAAAUAUGGAUAAUGCCUUUCUGCCUGAGUCUAAUGAUAAUACAGUAGGAAGAGAUUAUUUGGCAUAUUCUUACUCCAAUAAUCUCAGAAGAUGGGGAUUAGAAAAAGUUACUGGUAGAGAAAUGCUUUUGUACAUCUGUGAAGCACAUAUUACUACUCUAUAUGUGUUAUUAGAAGACAAUCGAACUUAUCACUAUGGUGUGGAUAUUGAUAACCCUCUUCAGAUACCUAGAGGUCCAUAUUUUAUAAAACAGCCUGUUAAUAAAGUAUUUGCUGUAUCUAAGAGCAAGACAAGCAACAACAUCGCAUUGAGCUGUUUAGCUAGUGGUUAUCCUACUCCAACAUAUGAAUGGUUUAAAGAAGAUUAUAAAGAUGAUCGACGUAUUGCAACAAAAAUAGAUCCUCUUUUAAAUAGUAGAUAUACUGUGAGUGGAGGAACACUGAUCAUCUAUGAACCAGUUGAAAAGAAAGAUCAUGGUUCAUAUCAUUGCAAAGCAACUAACAAAUUUGGCACAAUUAUAUCUGAGAGUGUGCAGUUGUCAUUUGAGAAUAUUAAAGAGUUUAACUUAAAACGGACAGGACAACGUGGAAAUAAUCAUUGGGGCAAAGUAAUUGACUGUGAUGCACCAAAGGAACUUUCAGGCAUCAAAUAUUUAUGGGCACGUGAUUUCUUCCCUCAACUUGUUGAGGAAGAUAAACGUGUGUUUGUCUCAUAUGAUGGAUCACUUUAUUUCUCAGCAUUGGAAACAAUCGAUCAAGGGAACUAUUCGUGUAAUAUUCAAAGCGCAUCUGAUAAUGGACGAAAUGGCCCAUUUUUCCCAUUAAGGGUGGACAUGCACUCUACCUUUCAACAGCUUCAAUUUCCUAAUACGUUUCCAAAGGCAUUCCCAGGAUCGCCAAUAGCCGGAGAAGAUGUAAGAAUUGAGUGUAUUGCAUUUGGAUAUCCCGUGCCGUCGUACAAUUGGACAAGGAUAGGUUCCGAUUUGCCGCGCGGAGCGUAUACGAUGAAUUAUAAGCGAGUAUUGAUAUUACCUCGCGUACGCGUGGAAGAUCAGGGCGAAUACGUUUGCCACGUGUUCAACGACAAGCAGUUAAUUAAGAACUCCAUACAAUUGAAAAUAGAAGCAGCACCUAAUUUUACCAUUCCUUUGGUCGAUAAGCAUAUGGAUAACAGAGCAGAUUUAACUUGGACUUGUGAGGCAUUUGGCAUACCGGAUGUUAAUUACACUUGGUUUAGAAACGGUGAACUUUUGGACAUGUAUACUUUACCACCAGAAGACAGAGAUCGCUAUAAUAUACGAGAUAACGUGCUGAGCAUAAAACAUCUUGAUCCCGAAAGAGAUCAGGCUAUGUAUCAGUGCUGCGCAACAAAUGCGCACAAAACAACAUACUCGUCAGCGCAACUUAGAGUUCUGUCAUUAAAACCUUCAUUUAAAAAACGGCCUAUGGAAUCCGAGACGUAUGCCGCAGAAGGAGGUAAUGUCACAAUUGUGUGUAAACCAGAAGCCGCGCCUAGACCAAAAUUUGUAUGGAAGAAAGAUGGAAACGUAAUCGGAUCAGGAGGAAGACGAAAGAUUCUGGAUACAGGAAAUCUUAUUAUUAGUCCGGUGUCGCGAGAUGAUGAAGGAACGUAUGUGUGCACAGCGACAAAUCAAUAUGGUACCGAUGAAACUCGUGGACGAUUAAUUGUGUUACGCGGACCACAAUUUAUUGAAAGAUUGCCACCACGGUUACUUAUGUCUUACAACCAAAAUCAGACAUUGCGCUGCUUAGGUUACACAGAUGAAAUGUUGGAUGUAGCAUAUAUUUGGAAGCACAACGGUAUGCGUAUUCGCGAUAAAGACUUACGAAAUAACCCACGAUGGCAUAUCGACGGUGAAUAUUUGGAUAUUAUAAACACCACGUUUGCUGAAGCCGGAGAGUAUGAAUGCAUCUUGAGAAGUGCAGUCGGUGAAAUUUCAAGCAAGACCAAUUUAAUCGUGGAAGGACCGCCUGGACCGCCCGGUGGAGUGCAAGUGGUGAAUAUCCUCAAAACUUCGGCCACAUUACAAUGGACCGAUGGUGCCUUGAACGGUAGACCAAUAACUAUGUAUACAAUCAGUGCGCAAACUAAUUGGAAUCACACAUGGUUUCCUCUUAUAGAAAAUAUUACGGCUAUUGAAAUCGAUAGAUAUACCGGUCGAAAACAGGCAACCAUAACGAAUGUUUUAAAUCCUUAUUCUACAUACUUGUUUCGCGUAUCGGCUUUCAAUGAAUUUGGUUAUGGUCCUCCAUCAGCUCCAUCACCUCAAUAUAGCACAGCGCCCGAAAGACCUACGAAAGCACCGUCAAAUAUAGGUGGAGGUGGCGGCAAAAUUGGAGAUCUCACAAUCACAUGGGAUCCUCUCGGUCCGUCCGAUCAGAACGGUCCUAGACUUUAUUACAAAAUAUUCUGGCGUCGCAAAGGACAUGAUACAGAGUUUCAAUCGUUGUCUUUGGACAAGUACGGCAACGUCGGCAGUAGUGUUGUGCAAAUUCAACAAAUAUAUUACUACACAGAAUAUGAAGUAAAAGUGCAAGCAAUUAAUGACAUAGGUGAGGGUCCUAUAUCGGAAGUGCGGACGAUAUACAGCGCGGAAGAUAUGCCGCAGGUUGCGCCACAGCAAGUAGUCGCUAUGAGUUACAAUAGCACUAGUUUGAACGUUAGUUGGGUGCCGAUCGAACAGACACGCGAACGAGUACGAGGCAAAUUAAUUGGUCAUAGAAUUAAAUAUUGGAAGCAAAGUAAUCGCGAAGAGGAUGCGACUUAUUACUUGUCGCGCACCACACGUCCUUGGUCGCUAGUCGUGGGACUGCAACCGGAUACAUAUUAUUUCGUAAAGGUAAUGGCAUAUAAUUCUGCCGGAGAGGGUCCGGAAAGCGAGCGAUACUUGGAGAGAACUUACCGCAAGGCACCACAGAAACCGCCAUCUUCAGUGAAUGUAUACGGAGUAAAUCCAUCGACAGUGAGAGUUGUCUGGCGCUACGUACAGCCAAGUCUAGAAGAAGAGCCGUUGAUUGGAUAUAAAAUACGCGUAUGGGAGGUCGAUCAAGACAUGAGCACAGCAAACGAUACGAUUAUACCGGGCGGCUCCAAACUGGAAGCUGACAUCAAAAACUUAAGUCCAGGAAAAGCGUAUCACUUGCGAGUGCUUGCGUUUAGCAAUGGCGGUGACGGUCGAAUGUCGAGUCCCACUCAUACAUUCCAAAUGGGCGAACCUGCUGCGUUUAGAAGCACUGCUAGCAACAAUAAGAUUUUGGAUGCUGCUUUGCAAAUAACUCUUGUUGUUUUUAUCGCUAUGUAUAGUGUAAAAUAAUUACUAGUAACUAUGGCAAGCUAAAAUAACAAUAACAGAAUAUAAAUUUUAUGUAAUGUUUUCAAACGCGUAAAAUUCUAAAGCAUUUAAUGAAAACUAUAAAGCAAAGUUGAAAAUAGAUUUCUCUUUGUUUUAGGUUUUUGGAUAAUUUUGAACAAAUAUGUAUUCUUGACAAGUAAAUAUCGCUAUUUUUUAUAGUACGAUUUAAUUUUUUUACAUCAUUUAUAAUGUAAAACAUUUAUAAAACAGAUUUGUCUGUUCAUGUAUAAAAAAACAAAGAGCACAUUAGUAAUCACAUAUGUUUAGUUAUAUAAAAACAAGAUAAAAUACUCGUAAUUAUAACUUUGCAAUGCAAAUUUAUACACGGUUCCGUUUCGAAAUUCACUGCAAAUACUAGAAAUCUAUAAUAUAUGUUACGAACUAUAAAUUUUUAGUACUUACAGUGACUUAUUGUUCACGACUUGUCAUAUACUAUGCACACAAAAAGUAAAAAAAAAUAGAUUUUGCAAGUAUAACACAAUUUGAAAAUGAAAGAGUUAACAAGAUUUAUAUUCUAGAUAUAUGCAAUAUCUUAAUUAAUACGCUACGCGAGACUUAUUAAUAUUAAAGAGAAAACUAAAAAACUGAGAUAAAAAAAUAAGAAUUAUAUAAUAUAGUAGAGUGUAAACGAGAGCGUUAUUUUCCGUCCAUUAAUACAAAAGUAAGAAAUAGAUUCUCGGAGCUUAUUUUGACAAUAUAUAAUGUCUUAAAUAUUGAAUUAUGGUAAUUAUUUAAGAAAGUGGACUUUCUCACCGAUUUCAAAAAGCUUGAAAUAUAUGUUGUUAAGAACGUUAUUCUGAACAACUUUUCCUUAUACAUCUUACCACCGCUCGGCUUUAGUUUUCAAGUUAUAAACAAAAGAACUUUUAUAAUUGAAUACUAAUUUUCCAACAUUGUGUCGAUUUCUUAAGUUAAUAUGUUUUUUUUAUUUUGUAUAACACGUGUAAGCAAGGGGGGCAGCGCCUAUACGCUUACAACGCGAACAUAAAAAAAAAAAUAAUAAUUUUGUGCAACAAUUGAUUUGAACUUGUGUUCGUUUCAACUCGAGUUUAUUGAGGUUAUCACGCAUCACGUAACGCAUUGUAAUAUAUACGUAAAUGCAAUGGACUUAACGUUCUAACAUGAAAACGAUUGGAGCUAGAUUUCCCAUAACGUGAUUACUUUCAGAGAUAAUCGUAAUAAUCGUAAUAAACCUUCUUUUGUUUAUAACUCGAAAACGAAAGCCGACCGGCGGUAACGUGUAUAGGGAAAAGUUGUUCAGAAUAACGUCCUUAACAACAUAUUUCGAUCUCAUUGAAAUCGGUGAGGAAGUUCGCUUUCUAAAUAAUUACCGAAAUUAUACAUACAAUAUAUGUACAUCACAGUAUUAGAAUACUUUUAGAUAUAAAGAUUACAGGAGAGAACUUGAUAAGUCACAUUUUCGUGAGUUUAGAGGAGAGCGAUUUUAAAGUUCGAAACGUAUGUGUAUUUGAACACGUUUUUUUUUAUUUUUUUUUUUAUAAAAGUGCUUAUAUCUUAGAAUCUGUAAAGAAUUUUUCUCUUUCGUCCUUAGAUAAGGUAAAUGUCCCAGUAUCCAGACGCUUAAGGAAUAGCGGCAAAAUAUCUACUGAUUGAAUGCGUACAAGUAUCAUAAAAUUAAACAAUUUUUUUGUUUUAUUACAAGUUGAUACAAUCAAUUAUUGAAAACUGAAACAAUAAACUUAUUAAUAACUUUCUGAAUUACGUUAGAUGUAUCUCUUUGAAUAAAAAUACAAAAAUGUGCAAAUGCCCCAGUAAGCGGACAAAAUGCAUAUAUAACUAAUAAUUUUCAAUGUUAUAUUAUUAUUUUACUUUAUGUUAAUAAAUGUUUAUACUUUACGAUAAAAAGUUUUGUUUUUUAAAAUUAUAUUAAAGAUUAAGAUACAAAAUGAAUGGAAUUUGCAUUAUUGUCCGGAUACCUGGAUAUGUCAGGAUACUGGGACAUUUAUCUUAAUUAAAAUACUCCAUUGUAACUAGCAAAUGAAAUGAAAAACAGAAUCCUGCCAUAUCGAAAAAAAAAACUUAUCGAGUUUUUCUCUCGUAGUCUUUAUAUGUGUAUGAGAAAAGUUUUGUAUAAACCACAGUGUUCACAAGUAUACUGCAUAUAAGAUAAAUAAGAACUUGAGAAAUUCUAUUAUUAUUCUGGUAUCAAACUUAAAAAUAUCUAUC